ACGAAGAGAUAGUUGAUGAAAGGCGUUCAGGAAGGUUCCAAAAGACAAUUCAAAACUGCAUGAGGACAGAUGAGGAGAGGCAUUAUGUGGAUGUGCAAUGGGCCUUGUUUUUCUAUGAGUGUGGUGUUCCAUUUCAUGCAGCUGCUGCAAGGCAGUUUGAGGUUGCUCUUGAGGCCACAGCACAAUAUGGUUCUGGGUAUGAGCCUCCUUCACAGCACAAGCUUCGGGAACCAUUGCUUUGGGAGUGUGUCGGCCUGACAAGUAAAAUGAGGGUGGACCAUGAACGAGCAUGGAAGCAUUAUGGUUGCACACUUAUGUCCGAUGGUUGGACCGACAUGAAGGGACGUCACUUGAUCAAUUUCCUUGUGAAUAGCCCAGAAGGGACCUAUUUCUUGGAGUCUGUUGAUGCAUCCGGUGAAGUACAUGAUGCACAUAUGCUAGCUGAUUUGUUAGAGAAGAGGAUUGAAGGAAUUGGAAAAGACAAGGUGGUUCAAAUUAUCACGGACAAUGGCGCUAACUACAAGGCAGUCGGCAAGCUUCUAAUGGACCGGAUUCCUACCAUAUUUUGGAGUCCUUGUGCUGCACAUUGCUUGGACUUGAUGUUAGAGGACAUUGGAAAAAUUAAGGAAUUUAAGUGUGCUGCUGUCCAUUUAUGUGUUCUCCGCUUGUAUUUGUCAUUCUAGUUGAUUGGUGGAGUUCCUAUGGUGGCCUUGCAAUUGACUUACAAAGGUUUGCUAGGCGUGUUGUUGGUCUAUGUGCUUCCUCAUCCGGCUGUGAGCG